AUGACGGAGUACGAAGCCGGUGACACUGUAUUCGAAGAUGAACCGUAUGCGGCGAUCGUGAGCGCGACUUCUCUCGACUCCGUGUGCUCCUUCUGUUUCAAGAACUACGUCGAGUACCGGUGUUCUUUGUGUAAUCGGCUAUCGUACUGCACCGAAGGGUGUCAGCAAGCGGAUGUUUUCCACGACCGCGUGGAAUGCAUAGCUCUCGCCGAUCAGGACAAGAUUGUGGAAGACGAGGUGCGUCUCGUGAUUCGGACGGCGGCGCGUUACAAGCACGAGCAACAGAGAAACUACGCGAGUCUCGGGAAUUUUUUCGGUCUGGAGAGGGGGCUCGAUGAUUUGGUGAGUCAUCUCGAAGACCUCAACGACGACGAGAGGCAGAAAGUCAAAGCCAAAGCCCAGCAGAUCAAGAGCAUCCUUGACAGAGUUGGCGUCUCGAUCGAGAGGAAGGAACUCAUGGAGAUCUACAUGAAAUGCAAAAUCAACUGCCACCUCGUGAUCGACCAUAACGAGCCGGAAUAUCUGAGUAGAGGUCGGGCGAUCUACUUGGCGGCCUCGAAACUCGAUCAUACCUGCGUUCCCACCGAGAACUAUACUCUCAUGUUCGACGGACGGAGACUCGUCAUCCGCGCCAUGAAAAAUUUCACCCUGAAAGAUCCGUCGGACUUGCGAAUUCACUACGUGCCGUCGAACCUCUCCUACAACGACCGCCGAGACCGUCUCCUGAAAAACUACUUUUUCCUCUGCAGUUGCGAUCAGUGCGUUUCGCAAUUGAGAUUCCCCGCUGCCGACGACGACAGUCGAGAGGAGCGCGUCUCUGAGAUAGCCGAGGUGCUCAGGCAAUACGAUCCGGAUUCGUGGUCUUGGUUCGAUACCGCAACGAAGGUCCUUCAAAAAUUCGAGGGCGUCACGGAUAGGGAUUUCCAUUUGCAUUGGCUUCUUCUCCACACUCAACAAGCCGCUGCUCAUCAGAAGUUGUACUCGCGAAGUCUCGAAUACGGGACCCGGGCGCUGAAAGGCGCAACCACCGUGAUGGGCUUCCAACGGAUUUUGUUCGGCUUGUUGAGCUGUGCGAAACAUCUCGGAUGGAACAAGAGAGACAGUGCUUAUAUCGACAAUUUCACCGGUAUCAAACGCAUUUCUGAGAAGCUCUUCACCAUCACUCACGGCAAAGAUCAUAGUAUAGUCAAAAUGAUAAGCGAAUCUAGGCCUGUCGAGCAGAGUCGCUGA